AUGCCUGGAUUCGUCGCGGGAGAAUCUCUCGUAUCGUAUCUUGACGAUCGAUCGUUUCUCGAUGCGGCGAAGGUGCACGAGAAACGCUGGAAAACGGCAUCCUGUCACACGAAUAUGCGCGAAUGUGAUUUUGGACUAUCGGCAUGCCGAGUAAUGUGGGACACACGGCAGUGGUGCUCCGUUAGUGAUUGUGUUAUCGACGUGUCAUCAUCAUCGUCAUCAUCGAGGACGAACGACGUGCAUCCACUCUGCGGCCAGGAAUGUACGCGUCGCAUUGGUGGAGCUAUGAGGGGUGGGAAAUUCUUCAUCUUCAAUAAGAAGCUUCUUUGAGCAGCGUCUCGCGAGGAUCCUCAGCCUCGAGAAGGGCUCCGGGAAAAAGAAAAAUCAAGCUGAUUCGGUCAACGUACUCGAAGAUCCUCUACCGAGUGGAUCUUCCUUGUGAAAAAUUCAUCAUACCCUGAUCCGAGCUCUGAGAAGAGCCUUGAGGCCGAUUCUAGAAGGCUGGAAGAUCAAGGAUCGCGGUUUCCAAGCGACCAGGAAGGGAGCAUGAAGCUGGAGGAUCCGCAAACGAGGUCGUCGAGCAGCCAUUAAAAGCAGGCAGCAGCUGUGACCGCAGUUCAUCGUGCUGGUUAAUCGUUUGCACAAGGUAGAAAGUCGAAAUCGUCACGGAACUA